AUGGGUGACUGGGCGAAACUCAAGGUCGUCGACCUCAAGGCCGAGCUUAAGCGACGAGGCCUACCGCAAGGCGGCCUGAAGACCGACCUCAUUGCCCGCCUCCAAGAGUCUGAUCGCCUCGCGGCGGAGCCUCCCGCUCAGGAGGCGGCAGAAGAGGCCAGUCUGCAGACCGCCAAUGGCCUCGUCGCCGACCACGCACAAGACGAGCCGCCAGCGGAUGAGCCGCCGGCGGACGGGCCCAACGGGGAUGCAGUCGUUGAACUGGCAUCGGCCAAAGAACCGACUCCCGAGCCUGUGCCUCGCUUCGAGAAGCCGGCCGACGCUCCCAAUACUCCGUUAGCACAGGCGCCCGAGCUCGACGUCACACCAGCCCGCGAAUCUGGUCACGUCGAUGCCCCGACCCAACACCCAGAACCCGAGACCCAACCCGACUUUGAGGAUUCUGCACCUGGCCGUGGUCCCGAACCUGAAGCAGAAGCUGAACCCGAAGCCGAAGCCGAAGCAGAAGCCGAGCCUGAGCCUGAGCCCGAAGCCGAGCCCGAGCUGGAAGCCAACCAGAGCGCCGUUGCCAUUGCCAUUGAGCCGCAGCCAUCGCACACCCCCGAUAUCGCCACGCGUGAAACACCGCCGCCGACACCACCUGUCGAAGCUCCCGCUCCUGCUGAACCGCCUGCCGAAGCGCAGAAACGCAAGCGCCAUUCGGCCAGUUCGCCGCCCAAGGAAGAGGAUGUCGCUCGCAAACGGCCCCGUGCAGAUAGCCACCUCUUCUCGAACCAUCCAUCCCGAAACGACCUUGACCUGCGCGACGCCCCUCUCGUUCAGGAAACGGAAGACGAGCGACACGUCGAGCCGGCUGUUCACCCCGCCACGUCUGCCAUCUGCAUCAACAACCUGAUGCGCCCCAUGCGACCCGCGGAACUGCGCGCUCACGUCGUCAGCCUCGCAACGCUGCCUGGAAACGAACCAAGAGACGACAUCGUCACCAAGUUUCACCUGGAUUUUAUUCGUACGCACGCUUUUGUGGCCUUUGAAUCCACCUCUGCCGCCUCACGUGUGCGCCGGCUCCUGCACGGCCGCACUUGGCCCAAGGAGAGCAACCGAAAGUCGCUGGCCAUUGACUUUAUCCCUCCCGAAAAGAUUGACAGCUGGGUCGACAUGGAGGAAAAGAGCGGCGCUCGAAGGCCGGGUAACCGAUGGGAAGUCGUCUACACCUCGAGCCCCGAUGGCAGCUCCGUCGAGGCCAGCCUCGUCUCGAGCUCCGCGUCGUCGUCGUCGUCGUCGUCCUUGUCGAACAGCCGCCCCCCGCCCACGCAGAGCAGCAAGCUUCCGCCACCCGUGGCGGCCGACAGCGUCAACUCGGCGCCGCUUGGGCCCCGCGCCCACUUCUCGGAUGCUGCUCCUCCCACGGGCCCGCGCGGACCUCGCUCAAGGGCGCCACCUCCUCCCGGCCUGCCGGCUGCCCCGUGCGGCCACGAAAAGCACACGCACGCCAGGCCGGUGAUUUCGUACGUUGCCGUCGCGGACGACCUUGCCCGUCGACGAGUCGACAACAUGCGCUCCUUCUACACCCGCGAAACCAACAGAGACGUCGGACGGGAAAUCAACCGGUACUCGUUUGAAGACGGCGACUCGUUUGUAGAUCGCGGCCGCGAAGUCUUUGAAGGUAUACGUCCUCCUCAUCGCGAACGAGGCGGUCGCGGCGGCGGCGGCGGCGGCAGAGGACGUAGAGGAGGUGGCGGCAGACGAGGAGGCGGAGGAGGAGGCGGAGGCGGAGGUGCAGGGGCAGGGGCAGGCGGAGGCUUUCGUCCCCGGAGUGAUAGGUACAUUCCGGGGGGAGACGGGCGGUGGGAUGACGACGACCGGCGCCGGUACUAG